GAAGGAAAACAGAGAUCGCGGAUUCCUUUUACAAAUCGCAACCGUCAACUUCAAGACAGAGAAACAGGGGCAUAGAACUUCAGCCAUGGCAGCUCGCAAGAGAGGAGCUUCAAAGCAACCACCGCCACCGGCUGAAUCAUAUACCAAAUCGCCGGAAUCUACCGUUACUUCUACAGAACCGCAGAUCACUCCAGCAAAACCAAGCAAAAUCCUCUUAUUCUCUUUAAUUUUCUUCCUUCCUUACUUUUACCUGAUAUUUUAUCACUAUAGAAUAGAAACUGACCUGAAGCAAUCAAUCCUUAUCAAUGCGUCACUCAGUUUCGCUGGGUUCUUUGUAACCCUAAUGAUGAUUCCGGUGGCUUCAAGAUAUGUUAUUAGGCGUAAUUUGUUUGGUUACGACAUUAACAAGAAGGGUACACCUCAAGGUCUGAUCAAAGUGCCUGAAUCUCUUGGUAUUGUUGUGGGCACUGUUUUCUUGGUCGUGGCGAUAUUAUUUCAGUAUUUCAAUUUCACGUCAGAUUCAAAUUGGCUUGUCGAGUAUAAUGCAGCUUUAGCAUCUGUCUGCUUCAUGAUUUUGCUUGGGUUUGUUGAUGAUGUCCUGGAUAUUCCUUGGCGAGUGAAACUAUUAUUGCCAUCAAUUGCUGCUCUCCCUCUGUUGAUGGCCUAUGCUGGACAUACAACCAUUAUGAUACCAAAGCCCCUUAUUGAAUAUGUUGGAACAGCAAUCUUGGAUCUAGGGUGGAUCUAUAAGCUAUAUAUGGGGCUCUUGGCUGUCUUUUGCACAAACUCAAUCAACAUCCAUGCUGGUAUAAACGGCCUUGAAGUUGGACAGACUGUUGUUAUAGCAUUUGCUAUUUUGAUUCACAACAUCAUGCAAAUUGGAGUUUCUCCCAAUCACGAAACUCAACAGGCCCAUGCAUUCUCCAUAUACCUUGUUCAACCUUUGCUUGCAACUUCAUUGGCAUUACUUUCUUACAACUGGUACCCAUCUUCUGUUUUUGUUGGUGACACCUAUACAUACUUUGCUGGAAUGACGAUGGCAGUCGUCGGCAUUUUAGGCCAUUAUAGUGAGACACUCCUAAUAUUCUUCCUUCCUCAAAUCAUAAACUUCCUAUUGUYACUUCCUCAGCUUGCAGGCAUUAUUCCAUGUCCACGUCAUCGUCUACCAAGGUUUGACCCUCAGACAGGACUACUGACCGGAACAAAUGAUGGGACGCUUGUGAAUGUAUCCUUGAGAAUAUUUGGCCGGAGAUCUGAGAAGUCUCUAUGCAUCCUGCUACUUGUUCUUCAGGGCCUCGGUUGCUGUUUCUGUUUUUUCCUGAGAUGGAUCCUCACCGGUUGGUAUAAAUGAGGCCGUAGCAACUUAGAAACAUAUGACCUUUUGAGACUACUUUUUCAUCAAUGUUCGCGAUCGCGUUACAUGAAAUGGAGGUGUUGUAUCAUUUGACUGGAUCAAUAGAAGACCAAGAUUUGUUGUUUGCUUUUCUUACUACUUCAUACUAAUGGAUUCGGUAUGUUGCUCGAUUCAUAGAGAAUCCAAACUGUACUUCAUUAGAUUCGUUUGCUUUAUAGCAUUGACCAAGUCGAACAAAUAUUUGCAACUUCCGAGUGUACACCGUCCUUUAUAUGUUUUGUGAACCGGCUUUCUUGUUUUGGUU